AUGUAUUCGAGACUGGCAACCAUCCUCGGCUCCUUGGCCAUUGCUUCACUUGUUUCGGCCGUCCCUGUCGAGAAGCGGGACAUAUACUUCGGCAAUCGGGGUGGACACAGUCAGAAUUGGGGCAGCUCUGCCUCCGUCUCUGCUCCUGCCACCGCCAGCGGGGGUGGUGCUCCGUCCCAGACCUAUGGUGGUCAGCCCCCUUCGGGCUCUUCGGCCGGAGGCUCCAGCGAUGGCAGCACCAGCAUCUUCAAGUUCCCAACAUCUGAUGGCUUUCCCGACAUCCAGAACCCGUCGGAUGCCUUGACUGCCAUUGAGCAGGCAGCUCACGGUCUCCUGCCCAACGGACCACCGCCGCCAAGCGCUCCUGCCGCAGACGAUCUCACCUCGCUGAGACUCAUCGCCUUCAACGAGCUCUUCGAAGUCGCCUAUUUCACAGAACUGCUGUUCAACGUCACCCAUAACGUGGCCGGCUAUGAAUACCAAGACCAAGGUGAACGCCAGAACAUCAUUGACGCCAUCACCGCCGUGAUUGCGCAAGAGAAGGAGCACCUGUUAAACGCCAACGGCGCGCUCGCCCACUUCAACGCCGGCCCCAUCGAGCCCUGCGUGUACCAGUCCCCGGUGUCGGAUCUCAAGUCUGCCAUCAGCGUUGCCCGCACCUUCACGGACGUCGUCCUCGGCACGCUCGGCGACGUCCAAACCCACUUCGGACAGAACGGUGACGUGGGGCUCAUCCGUGGCGUCGCUGCCGUCAUCGGCCAAGAAGGCGAGCAGAACGGCUUCUACCGCAGCCUCCUCGGCCUGAUCCCCUCGGCUGCUCCCUUCCUGACGGCCUCAACCCGCGAGUUCGCCUUCUCGGCCUUGAACCAAGCCUUUGUCGUGCCCGGCUCGUGCCCCAACGCCAAUACCAUUGAUCUGCCCAUCUUCGGCGCCCUCAGCCCUAACCCGCAGUUCCUCGACCCCAAGGACCAGGACGUCACCUUCUCCUUCUCCGCCACGGGCGACUACUCCAAGUACGCGCAGAGCUACAAGAGCUUGAGUCUCGUGUUUAUCAACCAGCAGAACGUGCCCGUCGUGGCCACCAUCAACAGCGCCUCCAUCGACCAGAGCGGCACCGUCACCAUCUCGGCCAAGUUCCCCUUCAGCCAGUUCCUGAUGAACGGGCUGACCAUCGCCGCCGUGGUCGACGGUUCUGGCCCCUUCAACAGCAUCACUGACGUGGUCGCCGCCACCAAGUUCGGGCCCGGUCUGAUCGAGGUCAACUAA